AUGAUCAACGUUUGCGAGGAUCCGAGUUUUCUGGAGCUAGUGUUACAAGAUUCCAAUUUAGCGAAAUAUAUUAAACCGCAAUUAAUUAACUGGGAGAAAACGGAAAGAAAGUUGAAGCCAUGGGGAUCGCUUGGUGUUAUGGUCAUUGCAGAAGUUGUGAAGACAAUGGAUUUUUAUAAAGAGCUCCUGUUUUCAGAUAAGGUCCUUCUUCUAAAAAAUGUGGCAUUCAAGAGUCAUCAUCUAUCGAUUGCAUUUGACUCUUUUAUGAUGAAAAAGGGGAGAGUUUUAGCUCCAACUGGAGAAGAAAUGCUUCCACAAGAAGUCAUGGAGAUUGAAAAAUGUAACGAAGUGAUCGAUGACCUUCUUACAAUACCAAUGCAACCAUUACUGAAACUUGAGGUCACCGAAAACGAAUUUCUUUUACUGAACAUGAUAAUGAUCUGUAAUCCGGGAAUCCCAAAUCUCUCACAAAAUGGGAAAGAUAUCCUUUACAAGCAUCAAUGCCAAUAUACCCGUUUACUACUUCAAAUUUGCCUUCAAACGGACCCAAGAACGGGUCCAUCUCGUCUUCUAGAACUAUUGAGAAUCGGUUCUCAUUUUGAUAAACAAGCGAAAAUCACUCAUACGAUGCUGAUAAUGUUCAGGCAGUUGUGGAAUCCUCGAUGUUAUAUUCCAAAAGUUUUGAAGGAGUCGUGUGGUUUGGAAUAUUUGGUGUGA